AUGGCGCCUGACAUGGAAGUGCCGCUGCCCGGGCACCGAAACUUCCCGGCCGCGGGGCGAGGCGGGCCCACCGUCCCCCACACCCGCGACAACGGGGGCCGGGCCGGAGCGGCGCCGCGGGGCCGGGAGGGUCCCCGCACAAACGAGUCUCCCCUCCCGCCGUGCCCUCGGCUCGCGGGGGGUCGCCGUUCGGCCGCAGCCCGGCGGAGGGGCCGGAAGGCGGAGCGGGUGGGACGCGCCGCACACCCGCCGCCCCCCGGCCCGUCGCCUCGCGCCCCCCCUUCCCCCUCGCCGCCGUCCCGCACCGACCUGGGACAGAAAGGAGCGGCCGCCGCCCGCCGCUCAGCCGUCGCCUCCUCGCUUCCCGCUCGCAGCGCAGUCCAGGCCGCGGCAGCAGCGGGGUGGCGUAGCGCGGGCAUCCGCCGCCAGCGCCCGCUGCUCCCGGAGCGGCCCGCGACACCGGCGCUGGGCGGGGAAGGGGGGGCCGCCGGGAGAUUGCCGCGCGCCGCUUCCUGCCGCCCGGCGCACGGGGACGGCGGCUGCCGGAGGGUCUCGGCGCGGCACAGCCUCGCGGCCGCCGGUGCAACAACGAUCUCUCGUCUAGGCGGAGGCAGGAGCCGGCGGCGGCGAAACCCUCGGCCGCCGCAUCCCCAGCCUCCCCGCCGGGCUUUCCGCGCCGCCUCCGGCUCCGAGGAGUCGCUCCCGCGGCGCUGCUGGCAGCCGGAGCCCCGUCGCCGCGCCCGGCUCGGGCUCUUGCUCCCCCUGCCGCUCCGCCGGGCCGAGCUCGGGCUCCUCCCGCGGCUCCGUGGGGCCGGGCCGGGGCGGAGGGGAGCGGCCGGCAGCCGGCGGUUCGCGGGCGGGACCUCGACCUCCCGCGGGCCCAUCUCGGCCGUCGGGGCCCGAUUCCCCCGGGACCCCUCCGCGGGACCGCGGGCACGGAGCGGCGGGGGGCGGGGAGGGCUCCGUGCCAUGGGCACCGCUGCCUGGGCUCGGAAUCACCGGGGCAGGGGGUGGGCGGGGGACAGCUGAGGUGCGGGACGCGAGGUGGUGGUGGUUGUUUGAAGCCCUGUUUGGGCAACGUUCUUUAAAGACUUCUAGCGGUUUAUCAGAGCAGGAUACAAGUAAAUGGGCUGUGGUGAAGCUACUUGUCUUAAUGCAGAGGGGGAGAGAUCCCGCGUACUUCAGUCUCCCAUUAACAAGUGCAGCGUGCAGCCUGGGAAUCAGUUGUUUUCCGUAGUUCUCUGAACUGAAACGAUUGGCUGUCUGAGAAGAAAACUCAUUUUCGUAUUUGCCUUCUGUUUGCCUUCCCGUGGAGAGGAAAAAAACAAAACACCACCACCAACAACUUGAAUGUGAAGAAAACAUUCCUCUUAGCUUAAAUAUAGUUUUUCAGAACCCAAGGUGGCCUCCCCUCUGGAAGUUAGACCUGAACCUGUUUUGCAGAAGUCUGUUGGGAGAGUGACGAAGCACGCUGUCACCAGUAGGUUUGCUUAUGGUAUUCCUUUCAUUGUGGAGCGCCUUUCAGCCAUGCAGCCUCCGGCCAGGCAGGUGGACCUAUUCAUUUUUGCAUAUGAUUCUUUCAUUAAUACCUCCAUCAAUUAAUUUAGCAUCCAAAAGUGCCAGCAGAAUAUAGCAAAGCAGGCGGCCUGGUGGUGCUGGGCAUGGAAGGACAGAGGGAUAGGAUGUGAUUGCAGCACAGUGCUGAAGCUUUGCAAGGAGUCCUGAGUUCCCAGCACCUGCUGACUGGGAUUGUUCUCAUCACUGCACACAGAACACACUGCAAGCUGAACUCGUGGCUGUCUGGAAAUUUAGUCCUCAUGUAAGAAAUCUCAAGUGAUGGGAAAUGAUUUCAAUUAGACAUUGUAACUGAUUUAUCAGGGCAUCUGCAUGUCUCAAAGCUUCUUACAGUGGCAAUUUCUAAAGUGUUGGUACUGAUCCUUGAACUUGAAAACACACAAGUGCCACUUUGCUUAUUUACCAGUGAUUAUUUUGGGAUAGGCUCGAAUAACUGCUUUGGAGUUUUGCAGAGUUGGCCUUGAAGUACCAACUCAGCCUGUCUGUGCAUGGCUGACCAAAGGAGCCACUGGUCUGAGGCACAGCACUAACUUACUUCUCUCAUAAGUAUGGCAUCUAUACAGAAAGGUGCUCAGUGCCAGGUAGAGUCUGUGGCUCUCAAGCCAAAAUCUAUAGAAGGUGUUCUGGUUUCUGGGCUGAGAGUUUGGAUUUGCUUUAUGUAUUUUCACAGGUAUAUACUUAUCUGGUGCAGUACUACUGGUUUUGUUUUGUUUUGUUUUCUUUAAUAUAUCUUUCUUGAAACUUCAGCUAUAAGGAUAAUGUAUCUAGCAGGCUCCUUUCCUAUCAAGUGCAGGGCACAUUUCUUGGCAACUGUCUUUUCCCCUGAUAAAAGCAGAAAACUGGCAGCUUGUUCCCAUAAAUGGCAGAGCUCCCAUCAGAGAAAUGUGAAAUACUGCUGCUCCCUCACCAAAAUCCACCGGUGAAGAUCUGUCACAAAUCAGCCCGAUUGCUGACCACGUCCUUCCUUUGUAUGUGGCACUGAAUACUGUCCUAUGGAUGGGGUCUCUUGGCCUCCCGCAUGGCUUUGUAAUGUCUCCCUGCUUGCUCACAUAAAGAAGGGUGCUGUGACGGCUCUUCCGAAUUAAGAGAACCUUCUGGAAUAGCAGCUCUCUGAAACUGCUGCACAAAAUUGCCUGUAUUCCAGGAGAUGUUUAAAGUACGGGUGCUACAAAAUGAAUACCCCAUUCAAGACUGGAUACGAUGUUAAGCAUUGCAACUUAGAGAUGUAUGUCUGAAAGUUAUGGAUUAUCCUCAUUAAUAACUAGCAUAGAGAGGUCUAGAAAUAAUCCACUGCUUAGGUACAAUGCAGGAGAUUCCUGUCAUUUUCACAGAAUCAUAGGGUGGCUUGGGUUGGAAGUGGCCUUGAAGAUCACCAUGUUCCAACCCCUUGCCAUGGGCUGGUUGCUGACCACUACAUCAGACAUCAGAUCAGGCUGCCCAGGGCCCCAUCCAGCCUGGCCACUGAUAGCUCCAUGGGGAGCAUAGGGAUGGCACAUCCACAGCUUCUCUGGGCAUUUUAUUCUGUAGACACUGUUUUUUUUCCAUGGGAAAUGAAACUAAAUGCUAAACUUAUCUCUGAGCAUUUUUACUUAACCAGAAUCUCAUUAAAAGAGGAGUUCCUGAUUUAUGAGCAUGAGCGUAUGGCUUGGUUCAGCGCUCACACUGCUCUGUAUCUCAAGCUAGCAUCAAGCCCAGGCAGUGCGUGACCAAACUGGGAACUGAAAUGCUGUGUAAGGCCAGCAGCUGAACUGAGAAACAGGACUGAACCAAGAUGCAACACCACACAAAAGCAACUGAAGCAACUGUGCAGCUUCCAGUUUCAGAGCUGGUUUGACCAGCAAGAACUGAGGCAUUUCUCUGCAGUGCUCUGAUGUGUCAUAUAGCAAGCAUGUGGUGGGAACAGAAUGACGCAGUAAAAGGCAAGUGAGGCAGAAUGGAGCUGUGUAAGCCUUGGAAGAAUGCGUGAAGUUUGGAGAAGGAAAAACAAUGCUUUCACUGUCUGAAUUUGUACUGAAAAUCAAGGUCAAGUGAGCCUUUGCCCUUCUGCUUCACUCUUCUGCUCAAGAGAUGGGUGUUUCAGGAGCCCAUUCAAGAAGCUGGAGAUAAAGUCAGACAGAAAUCUAUGAGUGGACAAAGAGAAAGGUUGAAUCUCAGUAAAAUAAACAAAAAAUUAAAAAUUCAAUAUAGAGUGGGAUGAUAAAGAUUGACAGAUUUUGAGCUGACUUCAUAUUGCAUGGCUGGUUCAUGUAUUAUUGUGUCUAGGACUUAAAACUGGGUAAGUCUGACUGGGGGAACGAUUCCUGUCACAGAAACAGCUGUUGAUUGUACUUCUUUGCUGUCAAAAUACAGAAAAAUUGCUGAAAGAGCUUUCAGCUGCUCAGUGAAAAUGAAUUUCUAGACAACUGCCAGAUCUGGCUGUGUUCCCCAAACCCGGAUAUACAGGAUGCACAGCACUGACUAUAUUCACUUUUGGAUAACAGAACUGUGUGAAACAUCCUCUGUAAUGGCCUUAAUCAUAAGAAAACAUAGAAACUAAUUACAUCUUGAGAACAUUCUGAUAACUCUGGAAAAUUGUGAAUGAGAAGAUACUUCUAUGUACCGCAAAGGAUUUCAGAGCUCUUACUGGAACACAGAAUUGCAAAAUCAUAAUUAAACUAGUAUGAUGCUAAAAUAAGAAGUGUUACAGUUGAGAUGUCAGUAUUUUACUUAUAAGAAUGUGAUGAGUGCAAUCUAAAAUUAGCUUUUAAACUUUAUUACAUAAUAAAUGUUUACAAUAUAUAUAUAGGAUUCAGAGAAGAUUGGUCACAAACUACUUUUUAACAGUUGCUUUUUCUCUCAUAUGACAAGUAAUGAGAUUUUUUUUUGUCAAUUUGGCUGAAGAAUCAUAUAUAGAAAGUAGUGAUGUAAAAAUAUGGCUACAGAAUUUAAAGGAUCCACCUCCACUCAGCAGAGGCUCUCAAAAUGCUGCUCCAAACAGGGAGCUCAGUGCUGUAGUGUAGUGCUUCUGCUUGCGUGCUGAAGGAAUACAAGGAACUUGUUUUAUUGGUUCAGAGUGCAAACAGUGAUAUAGAGAACCCUUCAAACCACUGCUAUUGCCAUUGGUUUCAGGGGGAGAAACCAUAAUUCAAGUUUAGAUGUACUGAGCCAGAAUAAAGGAACUUCAGAAAGUGCUUGGCACAGGUUUAAUGGAGUGAACCCAAGUUAGUUGUUGGAAAUAUGCAAGUAAAGAUCAGAAGAGAAUUAACUCAUGGAGAUUGAUUAAUACAAAGCUGAAGGUGUAGAGGAGAAAGUUGGUAGUACAUUUGGAAGGGAAAAUAGAAGGAGAGAAACGACAAGAAGGACAGCAACGUGAGGCUUAUUAUUAUUAAAGAUUUAUAACAAAACAUUAAUUAUCCUUCAGAAACAAAGACAGGAAGAAAUAUAAUCCACGAGGUGUAGGAAUGAAAUAGCUGCAGUCAGGUAGAAAUCUCUGGGUAGAGAUUCUCCAAAGAAAACUGCAUUUCUUUUUGCUUUUAUUUACAAGGGUGAUAGUUCAAGGAAGAACUCCAGGAGUCCCAACUAUUCAUUGAGCAGCGAAAUGGGAAUGAAUUCAUGUUCCAUGGCAACAACAGUGCUUUCAGAGCAAGUCGAACAGUGAUACGACCAGAAGUACCCUAUUUUCAGGGUAUUGCUAGUCUCUUCCUCAGCUUCUGAAAACAAGUAUCUGCAGGUUGUUCUCUGACCGUGUCACCAGAAGGACCUGGUGCUUGUGCCUCUGGUCCCACACGGAAAUGUCCUCAUUGGGUUAUUGGCACCUGUGGCCAGAUUCUGCUGGCAACAACCAUCACUAAUCCUUUGGUCAGGUCAUCUGGUAAAUUGUUUCUGCAUUGGAGCCUUCUGGCUCAGCUGUUGGAAGGAUGUUACACAGCCUAACAGAUCCCACCUUAACGUCAAGUAUUUUGUUGUGUUAAGCCAUGUUUUGCUUCUUCCUGGACUUCACUUAGCAGUAGCUAAGUGGGCAAUGGUCCACUAUCUGGUUUAGGAUAUGGUGAAUAUUUAUGUUCCCGCUGGACUUCACUUUUCAUCAUCAUGUUGAGCUGCACAAGUUGAGGACUACCAUUUCUUCCCACUUGGUAACUUGACUGUUUUAAAGUUCUUUGUAAUUUGUAUUAUUGAUAGGGGACAAAAUGUCACAUUUGAGGUGUAACCCCACUGAUGCCAGAUGGAGAGGGACCACUGUAUGUACUGAUGGGUCUAUCUGUGCGUACAAAUCACAUGCUACCCAGCUUUUUAUUUGAUUUUCCUCAACAUAAAAUGAGUGCUUCAUGAACCAUUGUCCGUCUAUUACCGCCUCCAAGAAUCUUGGAGUAUUUUCUCUCUUGCUGUAUUUUCUUGUUUUUUUUUUUUUUCUGAGCUCAGUGUUAGUUUAUUUUCGUCAGCCAUAUACCUAAUUUAUCUCGAUAAUUUCUGUGCUUUCUCAGUGCCAAUUGCUUUUCUUAAUUUAGCUAUCAUUACCAAGUUUAAUUAAUGGAUUGCUUGGUUUUGCUUCUGAAAUACGACUGAAAAUUCAGACCAAACAUAAAAACAAAAGUUAAAAUAUUCAUCUAGAUGCUUUUCACCAACUGUGUCUUUUUCAGUUCUAUAUAAUGCUCAGAGAGCUGUGGGUGCCCCAUCCCUGGAGGUACUCAAGGGCAGGUUGGAUGGGUCACUGGGCAGCUGAGCUGGUGGGGGGCAGCAGGCAUUGGAACUAGGUGAUCUUCAGUCCCCUCCAACCUAAGCCAUUCUAUGAUUCUAUGUUGCUGUUUAUCAGUUUUUGCCUACACAGUAUCUUUCCCAGAUUUCUAUCUGAUUAUCUAAUAUGAGAUUUGCUUGUAUUUUAUGAUAUUUUGUUUGUUUUUAAUAACCCUAUAUAGUUCUGAGAGCUAGGGAGUCCAGCAAUAGAAUAAAUCCAAAUGGACUCUUCUGCAGGAUGUGAUUGAUGGUUGAAAUGAGCUCUCCAUUCAUAAUAAGCUUGGAAAGAUGAGAGAGGUAUGGGAUGGUAUGAUAUGAAAAGAGAGGAAACAAAGUUUUCAGGGCUUAACCAUGUUUUGCUCAGUCCUUUGCUUUAUUUGUCAAGGCCUUGUACGGUAUUGUAGGCCCUGAGGCCAGAGCUUAAAGAAUUUCAGUCCUGUGCUGGUGUGUUACCGAACUGGUGGAAGAGAUUGCCACUGCUGUUACUGCAAAAAACAAAAGUAUUGAAAUAAAGUGUAGUAUAAGUAUGUAUAUAUAUACAUACAUAUAUACAUAUAUAUAUAUAUAUACAUACAUGCAUAUAUGCAAAAGUCUUUUGCAGAUUGUUCUUCAAAGUUUUGCCAUUAUGCUGUUCUUCAGGUAUUUUUAAUGCAAGAUUAAUUUUGUAACUAACGAAUACAAUGGAGGAACUGUCCUUGUCCUUUGCCAUGUCUGCUACAAAGUAUUGUUUUUUAUGAUUUCAUUAUGUCUCACACAUUCUGGGAUUUUAAAUGCCACAUCUCCUAGAAAAAAA